AUGAACAGCGUUAUCCAUGAAUGCUACGAGGCAUAUAGCACACUCAGAAACGAAAUGGGACGAUGGCUGAAACAGAGCAUGUUGCUUGACCCACCAGGUCCCAACGAUGGCGGCGAGGACGAGGCAAACUAUGCGCUCGCAUGGUUUCCACAUUACCUAAUUACCGGUGAUGCGACCGUCCUACAGCACUUCGACACAUUGAAGACGGCACUGCUCGGUUGGGUGAAACGUGAUUGCGUCCACGGUUAUGAACCGAAGGCAGAGGCACACCACGGACCAGAACCGUUCCUCCUUUUCCUACCCCGUUAUAUCGGUCUCAUGCCCGAAGAUACAGAAGCGACCAUGCUUUUGACGGAUGCAGCGGAGCAUAUCGGGAAUUGGGUACCAGAGAUUCCGCCUUGGUAUGAUUACGACCGAGACACGUUCAUCGGCUAUAACAUCGGCAGCAAAAUUGUGACGAACGACGAAAAAGACGCUUAUGAAAUGGCGGAGCAUUUCCGAUUUAUCCAUAUUGCGAUCGCGGCGUCCCGUGUGACAGGCGAAGAACGCUAUCUGACGUGGGCGUUGCGGUACGGCAGAAAGCGCGCCGAACGGCUUAUUUCGGCACCGGACCCAAUGCCGCUACUGUGGACUCUCGACGGAGAGGGGUUCGACGAAGCCACCGUCAACGAGAAGAAUCUACAGCGACUUGUGGGCAAGUUCGCACCACAUCCCAGGUGA